CCACUCAUGAACGUAAAGCAGUUUGUCAGACCUGCAAGUUGCUAUUAGGCCUAAAGCUGCGACUACAAUUUAUUAAAUUUGGCGAUGAAAGUGGGAUUAGCGCAUUAUAUUCUGUAUUUAUAGUUGGCAUUUGAAGAUACGUUUAAAGAAAAUGAUAAUAGAGGACGUGGAAGCUCUGAAGUCGUGGUUGUCGAAACUACUGCAGCCCAUAUGUGAUGCAGACCCUUCGGCUUUGGCAAACUAUGUUGUAGCCUUAGUAAAGAAAGACAAACCUGCAAAGGAGUUAAAGGCACUUUGUGCUGAUCAGUUGGAUGUCUUUUUACAAAAAGAAACAACUGGCUUUGUGGAUAAACUUUUUGAAGGUUUAACUACAAAAAAAUAUUUGGGAAGUCAAGAUCAAUUCACAAAGGAGGCUGCAAAAGUGGAAAUGAAAAUAGCAGGUCAAAAAAUGGAAGAAAAUAAAGAAGUGACUGUAAGUUUGGAGGAAGAGAGGGAUGGAAGAAGAAAGAAAAGCCCGUUGAGAAACCGGCCUGAUCCAAAUGAAAUGCGGAAUCGUGAUGACAAGAGAAGGGAUGAUCGCAAGCGACGAGACUGUGACCGGCAUAACAAGAACAGCGACCCAUACAGAGAGCGGUAUGAUCGACGCAGGGGGCGAAGCUUCAGCAGGAGUAGGAGUCGAAGUGGCAGCAGAGGAAAGAGUGGAGACAGAGAUAACAGCCGAGCAAAAGAUCACAGGUUAAAGUUUGAGGCAGAGAGGAAUGAGCUGGAGGGUUAUGUCCCAGUGUCUCAGCAUCAGCAGCAGCAGCAGCAUCAGCAGCAGCAUCAGCAGCAGCAGCAGCAGCAUUCAUCUGGGGGCCAAGCUAUCCCCAGCACCGUUGCUGUGGUAGCACCUGCUCACCUCCCAGACAGCACCACAGAGAGCUGGUCUAACUACUACUCUAAACACAACGAAGGCAAGCCAUUCAGCAGGAGCGCCACUCAGAAACGCCGCUGCAGAGACUACGACGAGAGAGGUUUUUGUGUGCGUGGGGACCUGUGCCCCUUUGACCAUGGCAAUGACCCUUUAAUAGUGGAUGACGUCACGUUGCCAACGAUGAUUCCCUUCCCUCCACCUCCUGGGCUUCCUCCCCCUGGUCUCCCAAUGCCCCCGAUGCCAGGGAUGCCCCCUAACCUACGGUUACCUAUUCCUCCACAUGGGCAGCCUCCACCCCCAGGCAUCUUCACAAUGCCAGGACCACCUUUAAUCCCAACAAGUGCAAUAAAUAAUCGUGAACACUCUGGAACAAGUUCAGUUUCUACUCUUGCACCAACAGGAGUAGGACCAGCUCCUCCUCUUCCUCCUCAUCCUUCUAUACCUCCACACCCACAGUAUACAUUAGCAGAAUAUAACUAUGAUCCUGAAGCUUAUAACCCAGAGGCACCCGGUAUCACAGCCUCGGGUAGACCUCAGUACAGACAAUUUAUCCCCAGAAUACAGACCCAGAGGUCCAAUCUUAUUGGACUCACCUCCAGUGAUAUGGAUGUACCAAGUUCAAGAGCUGCCAAUAUAGUUAUCCAGACUGAACCAUCUGCCUCGGCCAUGAUGAAUAAUAAUUUAUCAAGAUUCACUAGUGAUCAAGACAGCAGGAAGAGGUCUAUGGCUGUCACUGAUGCCCCCGCAACUAAGAAAUCCUGGCUGGAAAAGCAAAAUUUCAACAACCAGCAUAAACCUGGCUUUCAAAAGAAAAAUCAUUACGCCAACACCAAGCUUGAAGUUCGCAAAAUCCCCAGGGAUAUCAACAAUAUUGCCAAACUGAAUGAGCAUUUCAGCAAAUUUGGUACUAUUGUCAACAUUCAGGUAAGACUUCCAUAA